CCUCCUGCUCCUACAGCUAUGGCACUGGGCCAUAGAGUCACUAUUGUGUCUACAGAUGAGCACAGCGUCAGACUGACAGAGGUGUUGACUGAUAGUAGUGAUCAGGGGACUGAAGAGGUAACACAGAGAUGGAGACCAAAAUGAAAAAAAGAGAACAGUGGACAAGAAAAAGGGAAUUUAUUCUGGCAGCAGCAGGCAAUGUGGUGGGACUGGGCAAUGUGUGGAGAUUCCCCUACCUGUGCUACAAGAACGGAGGAGGUGUCUUCCUGCUGCCUUACUGUUUCUUCGCCAUGCUGUGUGGUGUGCCGCUCUUCCUGCUCGAGACUGUUAUUGGUCAGUACACACAGGAGGGCACCAUCACCUGCUGGACCAAGCUCUGCCCACUGGCACAGGGGACCGGCUAUUCUAUCAUGGUGAUCCAGCUUUAUGCAGAUUUUACAGCAUCAUCCUGCCUGGGCGCUCCUGUACCUCAUCUACUGUUUCAGAGACCCUCUGCCCAGGGCCACUGCAACAACCCCAGGAACACAG